ACCGCUUCGCCUCGCCGGACGUCCCCGCCUCCUACCCUCUCAGCCUCCGCUGGAGAGAUCCACAGCCCCACCAUUCAGCGCGCAAGAUAUCCUCCAGAUAUGCCCUGCGUGCAAGCCCAAUAUAGCCCUUCACCUCCAGGUUCCAGUUAUGCAGUGCAGACCUACGGCUCGGAAUACACCACGGAGAUUAUGAACCCCGACUACGCCAAGCUGACCAUGGACCUUGGCAGCACUGAGAUCACGGCCACCGCCACCACGUCCCUGCCCAGCUUCAGUACCUUCAUGGAAGGCUACUCGAGCAACUACGAACUCAAGCCCUCCUGCCUGUACCAAAUGCAGCCGUCCGGGCCGCGGCCCUUGAUCAAGAUGGAGGAGGGCCGCGCGCACGACUACCACCAUCACCAUCAUCACCACCAUCACCACCACCACCAGCAGCCGCAGCCGCAGCAGCCGUCCAUUCCGCCCCCGUCCGGCCCGGAGGACGAGGUGCUGCCCAGCACCUCCAUGUACUUCAAGCAGUCCCCGCCAUCCACACCCACCACGCCGGGCUUCCCCCCGCAGGCGGGGGCGCUGUGGGACGACGCGCUGCCCUCGGCGCAGGGUUGCAUCGCUCCCGGCCCGCUGCUCGACCCGCCGAUGAAGGCCGUUCCCACCGUGGCCGCGCGCUUCCCGCUCUUCCACUUCAAGCCCUCGCCGCCGCACCCGCCCGCGCCCAGCCCGGCGGGCGGCCACCACUUGGGCUACGACCCGACGGCCGCCGCCGCGCUCAGCCUGCCGCUGGGAGCCGCCGCCGCCGCCGCCAGCAGCCAGGCCGCCGCGCUCGAGGGCCACCCGUACGGGCUGCCGCUGGCCAAGAGGGCGGCCGCGCUGGCCUUCCCGCCGCUCGGCCUCACGGCCUCCCCCACCGCGUCCAGCCUGCUGGGCGAGAGCCCCAGCCUGCCGUCGCCGCCCAACAGGAGCUCGUCGUCGGGCGAGGGCACGUGCGCCGUGUGUGGGGACAACGCCGCCUGCCAGCACUACGGGGUGCGCACCUGUGAGGGCUGCAAGGGCUUCUUCAAGAGAACGGUUCAGAAAAAUGCAAAAUAUGUUUGCCUGGCAAAUAAAAACUGCCCUGUAGACAAGAGACGUCGAAACCGAUGUCAAUACUGUCGAUUUCAGAAGUGUCUCAGUGUUGGCAUGGUUAAAGAAGUUGUCCGUACAGAUAGUCUGAAAGGGAGGAGAGGUCGGCUGCCUUCCAAACCAAAGAGCCCAUUACAGCAGGAACCUUCUCAGCCCUCCCCACCUUCUCCUCCGAUCUGUAUGAUGAAUGCCCUUGUCCGAGCUUUAACAGACUCAACACCCAGAGAUCUCGAUUACUCCAGAUACUGUCCCGCCGAACAGGCCGCUGCAGGAACUGAUGCUGAGCACGUGCAACAGUUCUACAAUCUCCUGACAGCCUCCAUCGAUGUGUCCAGAAGCUGGGCAGAAAAGAUUCCCGGAUUUACUGAUCUCCCCAAAGAAGAUCAGACGUUACUUAUAGAAUCAGCCUUUUUGGAGCUGUUUGUUCUCAGACUUUCCAUCAGGUCGAACACUGCUGAAGAUAAGUUUGUGUUCUGCAAUGGACUUGUCCUGCAUCGACAUCAGUGCCUUCGUGGAUUUGGGGAGUGGCUCGACUCCAUUAAAGACUUUUCCUUAAGUUUGCAGAGCCUGAACCUUGAUAUCCAAGCCUUAGCAUGCCUGUCAGCACUGAGCAUGAUCACAGAACGACAUGGGUUAAAAGAACCAAAGAGAGUGGAGGAGCUAUGCAACAAGAUCACAAGCAGCUUGAAAGACCACCAGAGUAAGGGACAGGCUUUGGAGCCCAGUGAGCCCAAGGUCCUGGGUGCGCUGGUAGAACUGCGCAAGAUCUGCACCCUGGGCCUCCAGCGUAUCUUCUACCUGAAGCUGGAAGACUUGGUGUCUCCACCUUCCAUCAUCGACAAGCUCUUCCUGGACACCCUGCCUUUCUGAACGGGAGCAGCCAGAGCGGGGAGCCGCCUCAGUGGCCAGCACCUACUUGCUAAGCAGCAGAGGAAUGGGUCUGGACACCUAUCAUUUUCUGUCCUUCCUUAAGAGAAAAAGCAGCUCCUGUAGAAAAGACUUUUUUUUUUCUUU